AUGCCUGCCGCCAAUCCGGUCCUGAUUCAAGACCUCCCGCGGUCUCGUAAUGAACCACCCCCACUCUUCCUCAUUCACGAUGCCAGUGGCUUAUUGACUAGCUAUUUCAAAGUCGGCACACUAGGCCGGCGCGUUUACGGAAUAUGGGACCCCAAGUUUGAUGCCGAUGGCAUCGGCGGCUGGCAAAGCGUAAAGGAUAUCGCCGAAGCUUACAUCCGCCUCAUCAAGCGAGUGAUGCUAAGAGGCGAGAUUGUACUUGGAGGCUGGUCGUUUGGCGGAGUGUUGUCAGUUCAGAUCGCGCACAUGCUGGCAACGUCAGGCAGAGGCCUUCGCGUCUCUCGAAUCAUCCUGAUCGACUCCGUCUACCCCAGGUGCCCGCGACCGGAGGCCCAAAAAGAGCCAGCGAAGCUGCAUCACGCGCCGGCAUUGCCCGGCGUGAACCAAGAGACUCGAGACAAGCUCAUGACGGCGCUUAUGAGAGCAACAUGCCUCUCCGAUCAGUGGGAUCCCCCGUCGUGGUCUAUGCCGAGGACCGGACUGCUUGGGACUGCUCGCUCGUACGGUGUCGAUCCGACGCCGCCACAUGCUGUGCUUAUUAGAGCAAAGGAUAUGGUGCCGAUGGCUGAUCCGGGGGAGAAGUGUCCGUUGGAUAGGACCAGGUUCUUGCCGCAGCUGGGCUGGGAAGAUAUGCAAGAGGGUUUCGUGGAGCGUGUGAUAGAGACGUCUGGAAAUCAUUACAGCGUUUUCGAUUCUGAGCAUAUUGAUACCGUCACGGCACAUAUCAGAAAGAGCCUAGACAUGAUCUUAGAUUAG